CGUACAAGAGGAACGACCUCGUCUGCCAAGAAUCAUUGUUGUUCUGUCCCUGGAUGUCUGAAGCGGUUCAAGCGUUUAGAACAUUUGAAGCGACAUAUCAAAACCCAUACACUUGAACGACCAUUCGCUUGUCAGACUGCUGGCUGCGGUAAACGGUUCUCACGCUCUGAUAAUCUUUCCCAACAUAUCAAGACGCAUCAGCGU